AUGCAUGGAAGCUUAGGACUGCGGUCUAUGGAUGAUGUACUAUCAUUCUUGAAUGCCUAUCCUUUCCCUGCAUGGAUUUGUAACAGCUUGCCGACUUCAGGAGGCCGUAAAGGCUUCGAGCUCGACCCGGAAUGGUCAAACACCGCAUUUGACAAACUAUUGGGUCCACGAGACAUGCUUCUGGCCUCACUAGACGGUGGAGAGGCCAUUGUUCGGUACGGAACGUGGCUGGAAGCUAGCGACAUCAAUACAUUCACGGUAUCUCUCCAAAUUUUCUGGGAGGAGGAAGACAGUACACAGGCGGGUGGCAAGAUCACUGUCGAGCUGGAGCUUGCUCGCACGAUCUUCACCACUCACGAUGGCGGACUCUUCAUCAUCUGUACAUCCGUCCCACGAUCCAAACUACCUACUGGAAUAAAUACAGCCAGGUAUAUGGAGAAAGGCUCAAGAAAGCGCAAAAAGAAGGCGUUCAAACUCCAUGACUUUCCACACCCCAUUGGAGGCAGCCGCCCGAUUUCAAACCCGACAAGUUCCACAAGUGGUUCUAUAUCCACCGGAGAGCACUUACCGAGUAUGUUGGGAGGUAGAUUUGGCUUAGCAGAGAUGGUGGCGAGAUUCCCAUGGGACACCAGUCCAUUAGGCCCUCAGAAAGAUUGGGAUCCCUGCCUCAAACAGGCAGUGCAGUUGACGUUAACGGCACCAUAUCCAACUGCAACGUGGUGGGGUCCAGAUUUGGUACUAAUCUAUAAUGAUGCCUACGCCGAAAUAGCAGGCUCGAAGCACCCUCGGAUAUUUGGCCAGAAAGGACUAGAAGCCUGGGAUGAACUCUGGGCUACGCUAGGCCCAGCCCUCAGGAGUUGCAUGGAUGGGCAUCCAGUAUAUAAGAAGGACGACCUUCUACUGAUGGAUCGACUAGAAUCCGAAGAUCAACCUCUCGAGGAGACCUACCAUAGUUGGAGUUGGACUCCAAUACUCGGUGCCGAUGGUAGCUUCAAUGGAGUCUUCAACGGUACACAUGAGACAACUUCCAAGGUCUUGGCAGAGCGGCGCCUUAUCACACUUCAACUGCUCGGUAAUCGCGCAGCAAUCGCUCAGAAUAGGGAGACUUUUUGUCAGGCCGUCCUCAGUGCAAUGGAGGAAAAUGACAAGGACAUUCCCUUCGUCGCUCUUUAUAUCACUGAAGCUUCUACGAAGCUGAAAGAAAGCGAUGAGUCUUCAGCAACUCCUCAGAUUGCCGGAGCACCACAUCUCUACCCAGUCCCUUCGCUCGUCUCCAUGAAGCUUGGAGGUGCCGUUGGAGUUGGAGGGGAUCAUCCGGCAUUUCCGCCGUAUAUUGAGGUUAAAAUCAAUGGCUACGCAUCGUCCAUGGCAUCCGCCGACGAGGAUAGCUUCAUGUGGCCAUUUGAGCAAGCUAUUCAAGGACGUGAUCCGGUUCGCGUUGUUCUCCCUCGCUCUAUCUCCGACGGGAUCCAACGGCGCGGGUGGGGUGAUCGUGUGACCCAGGCCAUGGUUAUCCCUAUCUCAUCAGAAGGCGAUGCACAACCCCUUGGUGCUUUUAUCCUUGGUCUCAACACGCGACGUGCACUUGAUGUGGACUAUGUCAAAUGGAUUGACGUAAUGCGUUCGUCUGUGAAUGCACUCCUCACCGCUAGUAUCGCGCGUGAAGAAGAAGUUCGAAGAGCUGAUCAUUUGAUUGAAUUGGACCGUGCAAAGUCCAGCCUACUGUCUUCAGUCAGCCAUGAACUCCGGACGCCACUUACGCUCAUCGGGGGACCACUUUCUGAUGCAAUUCUCGAGGAGCAAAAUCCAACCAUCAAGAAUAAGCUUCAGACAGCGGCUCGCAACGUCGACCGAUUGGCACGACUUGUUGAUUCGUUGAUGGACUUUUCGCGACUUGAAGCCGGACGGUUAGAGGGGAGAUACUCGCCCAUUCUCUUUGGGCCGUACGUAGCGGAUCUCGCCUCGGUAUUCCGACCAGUAAUUGAGAAAGCGGGACUUGGGUUUACAGUCUCCUAUGACGAACAGGAGACAAGGGCUCUCUUUAUCGAUCAAGAUUAUAUGGAGAAGAUUAUCUUCAACCUUAUCGGAAAUGCUUUCAAAUGCGAACACUAUGAACGGGGAAAUAUUUAUAUUGAUCGGAUAUGGGAGCGUUUCCAUCGGGUAGAAGCAACAUCUCGGUCUCACGAAGGGACUGGAAUUGGGUUGUCCUUGACCAAGCAAUUCGUCACCCUUCACGGAGGGACAAUCACAGUCACAUCGAAGAUACAGAGGAAGAGCUCCUCUGACCACGGCAGUACAUUCGUCGCUACAUUUCCACUUGGAAGUGAUCAUCUCCCCGCCGCAAGAUUGGUCGAGGCAGGCAUGUCCGGAAAUGUGCGACGAUAUGCGAGAGGAAUCGUUGCUGAGGCCGCAAGAUGGCGUCUCGCUGGGGACGCCGUGACCCCAAGUGACUCUGAUGAAUCUUAUACCAGCUCGGAUGGAACCAAAAUCACGGAGUUCGCGUUUGAGCCAUCUGACCUUAUUAUAAUAGUGGAUGACAACCAGGAUAUGCUCGAGUAUAUUCGUGGGAUAAUUAGUCGAUACUGUCACAUCAGGACGGCCUCCAAUGGACAGGAGGCUCUCGUCAUAGCCCGAAAACACCCUCCUGCGCUGAUAAUAAGCGAUGUGAUGAUGCCCAUUAUGGAUGGGUUUGCACUGGUGGAGGCCAUUCGAGAGGACCCAAUUCUUAGAUUGACACCAAUCAUUCUGCUGACCGCGCGAGCAGCAGAUACGAAUCGGGCAGAAGGAGUGCUUUCUGGAGCGGAUGACUAUAUGCCAAAGCCAUUCUCUUCCAAGGAACUUGUUGCACGAGCGAGUCUACAGAUACAACUCGGAAAACGAAGAAUAGAGCUGGAGACUGGCUUUCAGGAGAGGACAAAAGAAGUUCAGCUUUUGUCGGAUCUGUCGCCUUCUGGGCUGUUCCGAAUAGACAAGAGCGGUCAUAUGCUGCUCUGCAAUAAGAGAUAUCUGGAGCUUUCGUCGAUGCAACCUGGCGAAGAAAUCGACUGGCUUCGUUUCGUGCACGAAGACUAUCGGAAAAAAGUAGAGGAAACAUUCAAAGAGUCUUUGAACACUCAUCAGGACACUCAAGUUGACUUUGUAUUCGCCAAUGGUAAUUGGGUAAAAGGAAUGGUCAGGUGUUGGGACUUUGGGCUCGUCGGGACUAUCACCGAUAUGUCUAUGACGAGGUUGUACGAAGAGUCUCUGACCAAGCGAGCAGAGGAGGCAGAGGAACGGAGAAUCGAGGCGGAAGAACGUCGCAGGAGCCAAGAGCUCUUGGUUGAUGUGACUAGCCACGAGCUUCGUCAACCAGUUUCGGCGGUGAUCAACUGUGCCAGUGUUGUUGCUGCCAACCUUCAAAGGACAAGGUCGGUACUGGCCGAUUGUCUCGCUCAUGGUCACUCCUUCAAGGUCACGCCAGAGCUUCUCAAACAAGUCGAUGAGGAUCUUGAGAGUUUGAAUGCCAUCGAACUUUGUGGUCUUGCUCAAGGGCAUAUUGUCAAUGAUAUUCUGACACUGUCGAGGAUGCAACUGCGUAUGCUCAACCUCCAAGACUCCACUUUCCCUCUUGUCAAGGAGAUACACCAAGUGCUGUCUAUUCUCUUCAACGAGAUGAAGAGUAAGGGUAUCACGCAUAAACUCACGUUCGGUCCAUCUUUCCAAAACUUGGCCGUCAAUUAUGUCACUGUGGACAAAGUCCGCUUUGGACAGGUCAUCAUCAAUCUCCUCAGCAACGCCAUACGCUUUAGUCAAUCCAGUGCUGCCAAGACGAUCGAUAUUACUGUGGAUGUCUCCCGGCAUCCACCAAGCGAUGAUAGUUGUCGCUGCCCAGUUGAUUUCCCCGAUGACAUGAUCAAGUUUUCGGACGAAGAGAAGACCAUUGUAUAUGUCUAUCUGUCAGUGCGGGACAGCGGCCCUGGGUUAAAACCUAAAGACCUCGAAAUUUUGUUCCAACGGUUUCAGAAGGGUACAAACAGUGAGGAGACCUUUGGCGGCUCCGGACUAGGGUUAUUUGUGUCGAGGAAAAUUUGUGACCUUCUCGGUGGGCGUAUUGAGGUUGAUGCAAGCUCUGUUGGAAAUCGAGGAUCAACGUUUAGAUUCUACGUUCAGAUGAAGACGGAUAGACCACCGCUUCAGAUAUCAGAGACCGCUCCGGCCACUCCGAUUGCCUCGCAAGUUCCCCUGCGAGUGCUGAUUGCGGAAGAUAAUCUAAUAAAUCGACGUAUACUUGAUCGUCAGCUCAAAUCAAAUAAUUGUGUCACCUCCCUGGCCGUCAAUGGGGCUGAAGCAGUUGAGCUGGUGAUCUCUGCUGGAGCCGAGGCGUUCGACUGUAUCCUAAUGGAUUGCGAAAUGCCGGUUAUGUCGGGUCUCGCUGCUACCAAGGAACUUCGAAGGCUAGAGCUUGAGGGCCAGAUACCCUCACAACGAAUCAUUGCCCUCACGGGGAAUGCCAGGAGGGAGCAGAUCGAAAAUGCCCUUCAGGCUGGUAUGGAUGAGGUGAUGACAAAACCUUAUCGACUCGAAGAGCUACUUGAGCGAAUGCGGGUUCGGAGUAGCGGAGUAAAUCACUCUUAG